AGAAAACGGACCAGCACCGGAUGUUGCUUUCUGAUCCAAGCAGGGUUGAUUCUGACGGGUAGGCGUCCCGCGCAGGCGCAGAGAGCCCUGGCCACGCCGGCUAAAGUGGCUGCAGAGCGGGAUGCGGUGACGCCCCUGAACAACCAUGGCAGCGGCUGACGGGUUGGCCUUCCACGAAUUUGAGGAAGCUACUAAUCUUCUGGCUGAGACCCCAGAUGCAGCUACCACCAGCAAAAGUGAUCAGCUGACCCCAAAAGGGCACGUAGUUGUGGCUGUCGGCUCUGGUGGCAGCUAUGGAGUAGAGGAAGAGGUGGAGGAAGAGGGUGACAAGACAGCGCUUUUACAGGAGGAGAAGCCACAGCCGGGAUUCUGGACAUUCAGCUACUAUCAGAGCUUUUUUGACGUGGAUACCUCACAGGUCCUAGACCGGAUCAAAGGCUCACUCCUACCUUGGCCUGGCCACAACUUUGUACGGUACCAUCUGCGAAACCGUCCAGAUCUGUAUGGCCCUUUCUGGAUCUGUGCCACCCUGGCCUUCGUCCUGGCAGUCACUGGCAACCUGACCCUGGUGCUGGCCCAGAGGAGGGACCCCUCUGUCCACUAUAGCCCCCAAUUUCAUAAGGUUACUGUGGCAGGUAUCACCAUCUAUUGCUAUGCGUGGCUUGUGCCGCUGGCGCUAUGGGGUUUCCUGCGGUGGCGCAAGGGCGUCCGGGAACGCAUGGGACCUUACACUUUCCUAGAGACCGUGUGCAUCUAUGGCUACUCCCUCUUCAUCUUUAUCCCCACUGUGGUCCUGUGGCUCAUCCCUGUGCCAUGGCUGCAGUGGCUUUUUGGGGCACUGGCCUUGACCUUGUCAGCUGCUGGGCUGGUGUUCACCCUCUGGCCUGUCGUCCGUGAAGACACUAGACUGGUGGCUGCAGUGCUACUGUCCACUGUGGUGGUGCUCCAUGCCCUCCUGGCCAUGGGCUGUAAGCUGUACUUCUUCCAGCCACUGCCUCCAGAACACGUUGCACCUCCAUCUCAAGCCACAUCUCUGCCCCCAAACAUACUACCAACACCCACCAUGACCCGGUCCAUGGCAACCUCCUAGGAAGGCCCACCCUAUAGGCAAAACCUAAAGGGACAUGCCUGUCCUGUUCCUGGUGAUGACUGAAGUCUCCCUCGACCGCUCGAGACCGCUCUGCUACUUUCCAGACUUUUCUUACAAAGCAAACACUUUUAUUUUCUAUGCAAAGGUGAUCCAGAGAAUUCAUAUAAAGGUGGGGGAGGGGCAGCUGAGCAGGGAGCUUCCAAGGUGGCUCAGGCAACACAGCUGCAGGACAGGACUGGACUCCCAAGCCCUCCAGCCUGCCAGUGGGCCUUAUGCUUUCCCUGACAGCUCUGCCAAGGACAGAAGGAAGAAGGGCAGCCUGGGGGCACAGAGUGGGUGUGAGGCCUAGCCUGAGCUCCAGCUUCUGAGGUUGGGGGUGCUAGGAACAAGGGGAGCAGAAGUAGAAGAAAAUUGCCUGUGCUGAAACAUACAUUUCCUUGUUUAUUUUGUUUGCUUUCUUUUUUGGAGGAAGAAGUUCCUUCAAGGUCCUUUCCCAGGAUGGAGAAGGACCAAAAUGCCAUCAUGGUGGUAGGGACUGGAUUAUCUAUGAGUCUGGAGGGGAAAUACACAGGCCUAAUGUUAGCUACAAGGGAAAAGGAUGCCUUCUCUGACAGAUCCUUGAGGCUUCUGUCUGUCUGAAGCAACCCACAAUGACCUUCCCUCCAGGCUGCCUAUUCCAGCUUUUGGUGGAGGCUGAGGGGGGACCUGCAGGGGCUCAGGGACAGAACAGCAGCAAGAGGCAGGGGCAGAGGACGGAGGGCCUUCAGACAGCUGGGGUGGGUUGUACAUUCAAGUGAGGUGAACCCUUUGGUGGGGAGGGGCCUGAGGCCUGGCCCAGGGUUGCCCCCACCACUGAACCUCUGAGCCUGGGGAGAGGGGCUGCUGGCUGGGCCCGGCCAGCCGGGUUUCUCAGAGGGUCUGUGGAUUGACACUGGUUCUUUUCGUAAAAAAAUAAAAUUAAAAAAAGCAGCA